CAUCAUUUAUCGCAAAUGAUCUGCGAUAAACUGAGGUCGAAAGUUGAUCCUUUUGACUUAGAUGUUCUCUACAAGCCCUUGCUAAACAACGUCAAGUACAGUGUUCUACAAACGCAAGUGAUUUUUGGAUGUUUAUUACCAAGUGCCGAACAUUUAGCGAACAUUGGAACGGGUGAAAAGCGGGAACAAGAAAAUGAACCAUCGAUAAUAACAUUCAGCGUCCCAUCGGGUACUGUAUGGUUCCCCUUGUUACCCGUUACAGCGCCCGCACAAAAGGUUCUCGCAUCUACCGGUGCACAAACUCAAAAACAGAAAAGCGUACCUAAACCAAGCAAAAUAGAUAAUAAAAAAUCAACUGGUGACGUUGCUGGAAUGGUCAGAUCAGGAACUGCUGCAUUAUUUGGUGCAAUGGCAAAUGAAUGGUUCUCGUAGAUAACAAACAAACAACAAUUACUAA